AUGCAACUCCAACACAGCUACUAUAUCGGCGUUGAUGUGGGCACGGGGAGUGCACGCGCUUGUGUCAUCGAUCAUACUGGCGAGAUAGUUGGAUUGGCAUCCGAGGAUAUUGCUCUUUGGCAUUAUGGACAGGUGUACUAUGAACAAUCUACCACAGACAUCUGGCGCUGCAUCUGCCUAGCAGUUCAUCGCGCGCUCGCCGAGAACAAAAUCGACCCAUCGCACGUCCGUGGUAUCGGUUUUGACGCGACUUGCUCUCUUGCCGCCUUCUCCACCGAUACCGAUGAGCCAGUCUCCGUUACUGGCCCCGAUUUUAAUAAUGACCGGAACGUGAUCCUGUGGCUGGAUCACAGAGCAGGAAGCGAAACAGAUAAAAUCAAUGCAACUGGACACAAAGUGCUGAGCUAUGUGGGAGGGAAGAUGUCGAUCGAGAUGGAGAUCCCCAAAAUCCUGUGGCUGAAAAAUAAUAUGCCGGCUGAGACAUUUGCAAGGUACAAGUUCUACGACUUGGCCGAUGCUCUCACUCAUAUUGCGACCGGUAGUGAGACGAGAAGCUUAUGCAGUCUCGUCUGUAAGCAAGGAUAUCUGCCGAAUGAUCCUGAGAGUAGCGUGUCCGGCGGGUGGUCGGAGGACUUCUUCGAGACCAUUGGGCUUGGUGAUUUCAAGGAGAAUAAUUUCUCUACAAUUGGGGGAAAGCAUGGACUGAAUGGCCAACAUCUCCAUGCAGGGGAGCUCGCCGGCUAUCUAUCCGAGAAAGCAGCCAAGGAGCUCGGUCUACCAAUUGGCAUCCCCAUUGGCAGUGGCGUUAUCGACGCCUAUGCCGGCUGGAUAGGCACGGUUGGGGCCAAGGUUGAUCUCCCCAGCAACACCAGUGACAAGAGACAGGAGCUCUUUUCUAGACUCGCUGCGGUAGCAGGAACGUCCACAUGUCACCUCGUUAUGUCGCCGAAUCCUGUUUUUGUGCCUGGAGUUUGGGGGCCGUAUCGAGAUGUUAUACUUCCCGAUUGCUGGAUGGCCGAAGGAGGGCAAUCUGCAACCGGUCAGCUGCUCAAACAUGUCAUUGAAACUCACCCGGCAUAUAAUCAGGCGAAGGACCUGGCCGAAGUACAGAAGAUCAAUAUUUUCGCGUUUCUAAACGAGCAUUUACGAGACAUGGCUGAUAAAAACAACGCUCCUUGCGUCGCAUACCUGGCACGGCAUUUCUUCUACUACGGGGACCUUUGGGGCAACCGAUCUCCCAUGGCUGAUCCAAAGAUGACGGGUUCUAUCAUCGGUUUGACGAGCGAUACAUCAAUCAACAGCCUCGCCAUUAUGUAUUACAGCACGUUGGAAUUUAUCGCGUUGCAGACCCGACAAAUCAUUGAGAGCAUGAAUCGGUCUGGUCAUCACAUUACCUCCAUUUUUAUGUCGGGAUCUCAAUGCCAAAAUGACAUUCUAGUCAACUUGAUUGCCUCUGCCUGUGACAUGACUGUUGUGGUUCCGUUCUACGUGAAUGCGGCAGUGUGUCACGGAGCUGCGAUGCUGGGUGCUAAGGCUGCGACCGCGGAUGCGAAAGGAAACACAGCUGAUCUCGAAGAGAUUAUGGAGAAGAUGAGCAAGCCAGGGAAAUGUUUCUUCCCGACUGAGGAUCAGAGAGAAAAGAGUUUACUGCAGGCAAAAUACCAUGUUUUUCUCGACCAAUGUCAAAAACAGAGAGAAUAUCGGGCGUUGGUUGACCAGGCUCUGGCAAAGUGAGCCAUGAGGACCAUGAGUACACCAGUAGAAUGAGGGACGUACUACACUAGCAGCUCAGUG